GCAGUCAUAUGUACUACACCUCCAGGCCUUCCUAUCAUACAGCCCUACCGCACAACAAAGCUCCAGCAGCUCAUGACAGCCAUUCAGAAUGUAUUCCUCCCCGACCCUAAUGCGCCUGCUGAAGUGCGUCAGUGUUCCCGUUCUUUUUUUAGUCUUGAUACUACGUAUACUUAUGAUGGUCCUUUUUGUACGGCUAUACGAUGUUUACAGGGCCUGGCAUUUGCAUCCAUGCAUGAUUCUUAUUCGACGCACGCUAGCAACAUCGAGAUUUUGUCGAAAAUCAUCCCAGACACCUUCAUCGCGCUGCAUUUCUCGGACGUCCUU